AAAGAAAUUUUAAUUUUGUUUGUUUCAAUAAUGUGAUCGUCGCGUCGUCUGGCAAUAGUGUUAAAUGGUGGGACAAUGAGUAUAGUAAUUUUAUAAAAAUUGUAACGACACACUUUGCUAAUUAUAUAAUUGAACAGACGCCAUUAUUACAAUGCUGCCGAUUCAGCAUCAUUCAAUUAUCAAGUGAUAGUAAUUUAUCAUAAUGCGUGAUGAUGCGAACAACAAGCGUUCAUUUAUUAAACGAUACGCUAUAGGUAAAUAAGAUCGUAUAAGAUAUAAAAGAAAAUUGUUCUACGGUAAUGGCAGCACUCUAGAGUUUCAGCUUCACUAAAAUGGUGAAAUCGUUCGUAUUCCUAGUUGUGUUCGUAUCAACACACUGCCUAAUUCAGGGUAUCGAUCAACAAUCCGUUGGUUCCAGCGAUGCCCAGUAUGAUGGUCCAGCCACUACAACUUCCACCACAACAAGGACCACUACUGAUGGUGUAACGACGACGGUCGGAACUACAACAAGCAGUCUUCCAAUCGCAGAACUUCCUUCGACAACGGAUGAUCACCAAUCAGUAACAGAACAUUCGUCCACCACUGCAAAGGGAUCAUCAACAGAACAUCCAUCCACCACUGAAAAAGGGUCAUCAACAGAAAAUCCACCGAAAACUGAACAUUCAUUAACAAUAGAACAUUCAUCCACGACUGAAGCAGGAUCAUCAACAACAGAACAUCAAUCAAAAGUAGAACACACAGAACAUCCAUCGACGACUGAAAAAGGAUCAUCAACAGAAACUCUUUCAACAACUCUAAGUACGUCGACAACAUCAGGCGAUUUGACAACACCGAAUGCAGCCCCGAGUAUUUCGAUCAUAAGUUAUUCUUCCGAAGUGAGAGAUUCUCCACCACAACCAGCUGUAAUUUCAAUCAUAGUGGAUUCCUUACCGGAAUCUACACUGAAACCAGAAUCGCUUGCUGCAACUGCCUUAAAUGCAGUCUCGCCACCAACAGUAAUCUCAAUUAUAGUCGAGCCUUUGCCGGUCACAGAAUCCUCGACAAAAGCAGAAUCAGUAAGUGAUUCAUCGAAUCCGUCAACAACAGCAAGUCCCUUUACAAAAGUAGCUGCUGAUACUUCAACGAAGAUGUCAGCCGUUUGUCCCGACAACUGUUAUUUGGACAUUACCGGAGUGUAUUGUAAUUGCUAUCAACCAACUGAGACAGUGCCUAUACCCAAGGUAGUUUUUUAACAGGGCAGAUGAAAAAUGAAAAUUAUUUACUAAGAAAACUGAACAAAUAGUUGUGAAACCAUCGAAAUAAAUUCACUGAGAAAUACAAAGUUAAUUCGAUACACAAAACGUAACUUUACUUCAUGCUAGGAACUUAA